AAGUACAAAACCUAGACCUAUAGAUUCCUGAAGAUUGACCUUGAUGUUAUAAAAAACAAAACAGUCUCAUUAUCUAUCCAAACUGAUUACACCGUGUUGAGGUGUGUGUGUUGAAGACUUAGAACGGUGAGGGUAACGUAGAGCUAUCACAGAAAUCGAGAACACAAACCAACAUUCUGAGACCUAGUUGAAGGGAACCAAUGAGUGCACACUUGAACCUAGAAUGUUUAUUAUCAAUGUGAUUUUGUGUACACUUGUUGUCCACAAUGUUGGCGGCGAUACGUUUCCAGAGUCUUUUGCUUUUGGAGUCAGCAGUGCUGCAUAUGUGACUGAAGGAGCUUGGGAUGCUGAGGGCAAAGGUGCAAGCAUAUGGGACGAGUUUACCAAAAUAAAUGAAAACAUAAAAGGAGGUGGUGACGGGAAAAAGGCCGCGGAUGGAUACAACAAAAUUAAAGAGGAUGUGCAACGUCUAAAAGCUUUAGGGGUUUCUCACUACAAGUUUUCCUUGUCCUGGCCUCGUCUCUUGCCAGACGGAACAAAGUCUAGUGUGAAUGAGGCUGGCUUCAGACAUUAUGAUAUUUUAAUCGACGAGCUUCUGGCCAAGAACAUCACACCUUUCGUGUCACUCUAUCACUGGGACCUGCCCCAGGCUCUACAAGACCAAGGCGGUUGGGCUAAUUCUUCAUCUGUCACCUGGUUUAAAGAUUAUGCUAAUUUAUGUUUUCAAAGAUUUGGAAAUCGGGUCAAACUGUGGACCACCAUAGAAGAUCCACUUAGUAUUACUUAUAAAGGCUAUGAAACCGGAGAACACGCCCCUGGACUGAAACAACCAGGCCUUGUUUAUACAGUAGGCCAUCAUCUCCUAUUGGCUCAUGUUGAAGUGUAUCUACUUUAUAAGACAUCCUUUAAAGCAGCACAGAAUGGCCAGGUUGGACUGUCAGUACGUUUCGACUGGUUUUAUCCGGAUACAACUAGUGUUGAUGGUGACGAGGCUGCUAUGAGAUCUAUUGCAUUUCGGAUUGGCUGGUUUUUAGAUCCGUUGUAUCAUGGUGACUAUCCCAGUUUAAUGAAAGAGAAGGUAGCCCUUAAAAGAACAGCUUUGGGAUUCCCUGACCAAAAGUUACCCCAGUUUACUCCAGAAGAAAAAGUCAAAAUAGUUGGUGCCAAUGACUUUAUUGGAGUGAUUCAUUUUAAGUCCAGAAUUGUAUCCCAUCAAUACAAUAACAGUACAGUGCCAGGCUACUAUAAUGACCAAGAUGUUGUACUAAGUAUAAACACCACCUUGCCAAAACUUGAGUAUAGGCCAGAGUUGAACCCUCAAAGCAGUCGCCGACUGGAUCGUGAAGGUCUAACAGAAGUAUUGAUGUAUUUGAAAAGCUUCUAUAACACACCAGCUAUAUACGUCACUCAAAAUGGCUUGGCCACCUGUGGCACGCUCAAAGAUCAACACAGAAUAGAGUACAUCCGUGAAUACACAACGUCGCUUCUAGAUGCGAUCAGAUAUGGCAGUGACGUCCGAGGUUACUUCUUGUGGUCCUUGUUGGACGGCUUUGACUGGGACAAAGGUUAUGCAAGUAAAACUGGACUAUACUAUGUAAAUUUUGAUCGGGACGAUCGACCUCGUUAUCCUAGAUCAUCUGUAGAGUUCUAUCGAUCAUUGAUUUCCAAUAGAGGACUUACAGAGGAUCUCAAGUCUUACAGAGCAUAUCCAAGCGAUCGAGACGAGUUCUAUUAUGGAAAGUUUCCAGAUCACUUUCAGUGGGGCGUAGCCACAGCGGCGUAUCAAAUAGAGGGUGCCUGGAACGAGGAUGGUAAAGGUCCAAGUAUCUGGGAUACUUUCGCUCACAAUGGCAAACUAGCUAAUGGACAGACUGGCGACGUAGCUUGUGACAGUUAUCACUUGUACAAAGUAGAUGUCCAGAUGCUCGGUGACCUUGGGGUUAAUAUCUACAGAUUUUCAAUAGCAUGGAGCCGUGUUAUGCCUGAUGGCACAGUCAGAAGUUUGAAUCAAAAGGGAGUAGACUACUACAAUAAUCUUAUUGAUGCCUUGCUGGCUAAAAAUAUAACUCCAAUGAUAACACUAUAUCACUGGGAUUUGCCCCAAGCUCUAGAAGACAGAGGAGGCUGGAGGUCCGACUCAAUAGUUAGUUGGUUUGAAGACUAUGCAAGAGUUUGUUUCGAACAAUUUGGUGACAGAGUCAAACACUGGAUAACUUUCAAUGAGGCUUUCGUCAUCAGCUGGUUAGGUUACGGUAUUGGAGUCUUCGCUCCAGGAGUCUACGAUCCUGGAGCAGGAGUAUAUAAAGCGGCUCACAAUAUUAUCCGGAGCCAUAGUAGAGCAUAUCACAUGUAUAAAUCAAACUUCAAAGGCAAAUACGGGGGUAGUGUUGGUAUCACUCUAGACAUAGAAUGGAAGGAACCUUUAACAGAUUCCGUUGAUGACUCUUUGGCAGCAGACCGUGCUAUUCAGUUCAAACUAGGCUGGUUUGGUAACGCCAUAUUUGGUGGUUCCGGGGAUUAUCCAGAAGUUAUGAAACAAUAUGUCGCCGAGAAGAGCAGACGACAAGGCUUCAAUAGCAGCAGACUACCAGAGUUUACACAGGAGGAGAAAUCACUUAAUAAAGGUGCUUACGACUUCCUAGGUAUGAAUCACUAUACCUCUACACUAGUAUCUAAUCAACCCAGACCUGACUCACAACCUAGCUACGAGCAGGACCAAGACAUUAACACAAUGGCGGACCCUUGUUGGCCGAGCACUAGUGCGGAUUGGUUGAAAGUCAACCCUUGGGGCAUACGAUAUAUCCUGCGAUGGGCCAAACAGCAUUUUAAUAACCCUCCAAUCUACAUUACAGAGAGUGGACGUCCUUCGGUGGAAGGAUUGGAUGACCCAGACAGAAUUUACUAUUACAAAUAUUAUAUCAAUGAGAUGCUCAAAGCCAUUCGACUGGACAAUGUAGAUGUUCGAGGCUACACAGCCUGGUCAUUGAUGGACAACCUAGAGUGGACCAGUGGCUACUCCCCCAGGUUUGGUCUGUACCACGUAGACUUCACUAGCCCCAACCGCACUCGGAUACCUAGGAAGUCAGCUUUGUUUUUUAGUCAAUUGAUUCGGGAGAAUGGAUUCACAAGAUCUUGACCAUCGCAGACACAAUAAACUCUAGACUUAACGUGAUUCCCAGACGCAAAGAACUCUAUAGGCUUGUAUGCCAUUUGAAGUAUGUAGAAGCAACAUAGAACUUGUAAGCAAAUAAUAUUUAGAUUUCAACAUCGAAUUCCACGUUUGAAUAAAUCAUGUAUUUUUUUAAAUUAAAGUCUCUGUAAGAAAAUAUACUUUAAUUUUAUCAGCAAGUUAUCAAAUCAACUAGGAUGAUUCAAAGCUUAUGACUAUAAACAAUAGAAAUGAAAAUAUUCAACUUCAUUAAACAAAAAUAGAAUUUUAAAAAGACAA